AUGGCACCAUCCCUCACCGAGAACUCCUCCGAGAUUGUGGUCCCCCUCCCCACCAAGACCCUCGACCGAGAACCCCUCAAAUCCACAGGCGCACUAGACAGCUACACCUCCUUCGACGUGACGCCCAUUAUCGGACGGGAAUUCACCACCGGAAACCUCAAAGAAUGGCUCCGGGCGCCCAACUCCGAUGACCUGCUGCGCGAGCUUGCCCUCACCAUAUCCCAACGCGGCGUCGUCUUCUUCCGCAAACAAGACGACCUCGACAACGAGCUCCAAAAAGAACUAGUCCAGCGACUGGGCCAGCUCUCGGGAAAGCCAGCGACGUCUGGCCUGCACGUGCAUCCCGUGAUCAACUCCAGACGGGAGGAAGGUGCCAGAGACGACGAGAUCAGCGUGAUCAGCUCCGUGCAGCGAGAGAAGCUGUUCAGCGGGUUCGAGAAGAAGCAGUCGCAGCGGCGCGAGUGGCAUAGUGAUAUUACCUUUGAGCCGAUUCCGAGUGAUUAUACUAUUCUGCGACUGACGGAGUUACCGAAGACGGGUGGUGACACCCUCUGGGCCUCCGGCUACGAACUCUACGAUCGGAUCUCAGCCCCAUAUCAGAAAUUCCUCGAAAGUCUCACAGCGACCUACGCGCAGCCGGGCUUCAACGACGCCGCCAGAAAGCACAAUUUCGAUAUCUUCGUUGGCCCCCGUGGUGCACCCGAGAACGUGGGCGAGGAGCUGAAGGCCACGCACCCGGUUAUCCGCACCAAUCCGGUGACGGGGUGGAAGAGUGUUUUUGCCGUCGGACAUCAUGUUCAGAAGAUUGAUGGGCUGGCGGAGGAGGAGAGCCGGGCGUUGCUGGACUGGUUUGUCAAGUUGAUUGUUGAGAAUCAUGAUUUGCAGGUCAGGUUCAGGUGGCAGGAUCCGAAUGAUCUGGCGAUCUGGGAUAACCGCAGCGUGUAUCAUGCUGCGACGCUGGAUUAUGCGGGUUUGGGUGCGAGGACGGGGCAGCGGGCUGUUGGGCUGGGGGAGAGGCCCUAUCUGGACCCGAAGAGUACGGGGCGGCAGGAGGCUUUGGCGAAGGCGUCGUGA